AUGCACAAACAGGCGCGGUUACUCCCGAAGUCCUGGACGUCGACUCUAAAACUCCCCAAGUCGACGUUCCCCCCGCGAGUGUCGCCGGCCGACCAGACAAAAUACCUAAAGCGAUCCACCGAUGAGCUCUACGCCUGGCAGCGCCGCGAACGACCGGCCAAUAAACCCUUCGUCCUCCACGAUGGACCGCCCUACGCGAACGGCGAAUUGCAUAUUGGACAUGCGCUCAAUAAAAUUCUAAAAGAUAUCAUCAACCGGGUACAAUUGGGUCGGGGUAAACAAGUUCGGUAUGUGCCGGGCUGGGACUGCCAUGGCUUGCCAAUUGAGCUCAAGGCCCUCCAGGGUCUACGUGAUAUGGGAGUCAUGGAUGGAUCAGUUAGUCCGGCUGUGAUCCGCAAGUCUGCGCGCCAGCUGGCUCGACAGACUGUCAAGGAGCAGAUGAAAGGCUUCCGCGGAUUUGGAGUCAUGGCCGACUGGGAGAACCAUUGGAAGACGAUGGACAGACAGUUCGAGAUGCGUCAACUAGGGAUCUUCCGAGAGAUGGUUGACCAUGGCCUCAUCUAUCGCAAGUUCAAGCCUGUCUACUGGUCGCCUUCUACCGGCACUGCACUGGCAGAGGCUGAGUUGGAGUACAAGGAUGACCACGUUUCCACCGCGGCUCUAGUCAAGUUCCCACUCGUGAAUAUCCCAUCACACCUAUCUGCGGACCCCUUACUCAAGUCGGAUGGUGUGAGUGCUGUGAUCUGGACUACUACACCCUGGACCCUGCCUGCCAAUGCCGCUAUUGCCGUGAACAAAGAACUGGAGUACGUGAUUGUACAGUCCGAGACCCAUGGCAACCUGCUGGUCGCCCAAUCUCGGUUCGAAUAUCUUGAGAGCAUGCUCAAGGAGGAGCUCUCCGUCAUUGUACCCUCGAUCCUAGGCUCCGAGCUGGCUGAAAAGACGACCUACCGGCCUAUCCUCAAGGGCGCCGACGCUGAUCCUCAGCCAAUCAUCGCCGCAGACUUUGUCACCGCGGAUUCUGGCUCUGGACUGGUUCACUGCGCACCUGGCCACGGUAUGGAUGACUAUGAAGCCUGUCUCGCUCGCGGUAUUCCGGUCUUUGCCCCCGUCAACGACGAAGGUCGGUUCACGGAGAAAGCCAUGCCGCAUGACCCCUCUCGUCUCGCUGGCAAGCCAGUGUUGGGAGAAGGUAAUGACCUUGUACUGGCAUAUGUUAACUCCCACGGUUAUCUCCUCGCGCAUCACAAAUAUGAGCACAAGUACCCUUACGACUGGCGGUCCAAGCAGCCGAUUAUUAUUCGUGCCACCGAGCAAUGGUUCGCCGAUGUGGCUGAUAUCCGCAGCAGCGCGCUCAAGGCCCUGGAGGAUGUUCGAUUUGUUCCGGAAGCUGGCAAGCAUCGAUUGAAUACCUUUGUCAAGAACCGCAGCGAAUGGUGUAUCUCGCGACAGCGUGCCUGGGGUGUGCCUAUCCCUGCCAUCUAUCAUCGGACCACCGGUGAAGCUGUCUUGACCAAGGAAAGCGUGUCCCAUAUCAUGAAAACUAUUGAAGAGCGUGGUAUCGAUGCUUGGUGGACUGACGAUGCUGACGACGCCGCUUGGGUGCUCCCCUCUCUGCGGGAUGACUCGGCCGGUUACCGACGAGGCACUGAUACGAUGGAUGUGUGGUUCGACAGCGGUACCAGCUGGGCGGAGAUUGAUGUCCCUCUUGAAGGCCGCAGUCAUAUUGCUGACGUCUACCUGGAAGGAUCCGACCAACACCGUGGCUGGUUCCAGUCCGGUCUUCUCACAUACAUUUCUCAUCAGGUCGCCUCGGGUCAGAGCGAUGCCACUCGCGCUCCUUUCCGCAAUCUCAUCACACAUGGAUUCACUCUUGAUGAAAAUGGACGUAAGAUGAGCAAGUCUAUCGGUAAUACUAUUGCACCUCAGACCAUCAUGGAUGGAACUCUGCUGCCCCCUCUCAAGCCACGAAAGGGUAAGGGAAAGAAGCAGCCAGAGAACCAAGCGCCAACGUAUGAUGCCCUGGGACCCGAUGCCAUUCGCCUGUGGGCUGCUAGUAGCGACUACACCCACGACGUGGUCAUUGGAAAGCAAGUGCUUCAGACUGUUCACACCAGUCUACACAAGUUCCGUGUUACUUUCAAGCUGCUGCUUGGCGCACUGGGCGACUUCCGUUCCGAAUGCAUUGUCCCGUACGAGCAGUUGCAGCAGGUGGACCGCAUCGCGCUGAAGCACCUCUCCGACAUGGUUCUUUCCACGCAAAAGGCUUGCGACAAUUUCGAGUUCUACAAGGCCGUUGCCACGAUGAACCGCUGGGCUAAUCUCGAGUUCUCUGCCUUUUACAUGGAGGCGAUCAAGGACAGACUGUAUACUCUGGGCGAGAACAGCACCAGCCGCCGUGCUGCCCAAACCACCUUGUACUACAUCUACCACCACCUCCAGGAAGUGCUGGGCCCCAUCACUCCUCUCCUUGUGGAGGAAACCUGGGAUCAUACCCCUGAGGUGAUCCGGUCGCAGAGUGAGCACCCGUUGCGACGUAUCGCAACCACCCCGGCGACCGAAUGGCAGGAUCCUGCCCUAAAUACCAGUUAUCAUGAGGUUGUCGCCGUUCACUCAGUCAUCAAGAACCUACAGGAGCAGGCCCGCGGGAAGAAGCAACUCGGCUCAUCGCUGCAAUCGUUCGUGCACCUGGUUCUUCCCCAGACUAGCAGCACGGUCUUCCACCAGUACCUUUCCGAGCUUCCAGACCUAUUUGUGGUGUCGUCCGUCACUCUAGCCGACCCCAGCGAUGCUCUUCCAGCCGAGAUUGCCCAAGCUGAAUGGCAGUACGAGGACGACUGCGAACUCCCUGAUGGACAAAAGGGGCGAGUGUACGUCUACGCGCCACAAGCCUCCAAGUGCGCCCGUUGCUGGCGGUAUGCCAUUCCGGAGCCGGUGGCGAACGAUGAGAUCUGCGAUCGAUGUGAUUUGGUAGUCAGCGAGCUGGAGGCUGCUGCUGAUGCGGCUCCAUCGCCUGUUGUCUAG